CCACAUUAAUUUUUUAUUGUAAUCUGACAUUUGAAAACUAAAAAUAAACUUUGAUGACUUGCAGCCUGCAACUAACCAGCAGAGAGCAAGGUAGAGUCUGUAAAACUUUGUGAAAUGUCCAAAUCUAACGCAGCAGGAACCAACCCAGUGACCGUUCUUGAGCACUGUCGGAUUUCACCGCCACAUGAUCUCGCCAUCACCGAAAAUUUUUUGCCCCUCACUUUUUUCGACAUGUUAUGGCUUAACUGGCCUGCCCCUGGCCGCGUUUACUUCUAUGAUUUUCCCUGUUCUACAACUGAGUUUAAACAAACAAUUGUUCCAAAUCUCAAGAAGUCGCUAGCCUCAACUCUAAAACACUAUUAUCCCUUCUGCGGUAACCUGAUGACCCCCACAACUCUUGCUGACAGCACCACCCCUGUGAUCAGGUACUCAAAAGGCGACUCUGUUUCACUGACCGUAGCAGAGUUUACUGGCAAUACUUCCGAAGGAUUUGAGUAUUUAUCUGGCAAGCAUGCUCGAGAGGUUGAUAAGCUGUUCACACUUGUUCCUGAUCUUCCCCGAGGGAGUUCUGAUACAGAUGUAACCGACAGCAUUCAUAUAUCUCCUGUUUUAUCUCUUCAAGUCACGUUGUUUCCGGACAGUGGAUAUAGUGUGGGAUUCAGAAUCUCCCAUGUGGUCGCGGAUGGAAAAACUUUGUCCAAUUUUUUCAGAACAUGGGCUUCAAUUAAUGUCAAGCAACUCAUCGGUGAAGAUAAUUGUGAUAAUCUAGAUACUCUCCCAUUUUAUGAUAGGAGUGUGAUCAAAGACAGCAAGGGAAUAGCUUCAAUUUGGUUGAGGGACUGUUUACGUAUGAGGAACCAGAAAGAUUAUAAAAAAGCUUUCGCUCCUGCAGCUCAAAAGAACGAAUUGGUUGAAGCUACCCUUGUUCUAAAGCGAGAGCAGAUCCAAGGGCUUAAAAUUUUGGUCCCGGCUCAAUUGCAGCGUGUAUCAACUUUCGUGGUGGUGUGUGCCUAUGUAUGGACUUGCAUGGCAAAGACGAGGGCCGCACUAGGACAGGCGACGAAUGAUGAAAACCAAGCGGAGGAGGAGCAUCUUAUUUUUGCCAUGGAUGCGAGGGAUCGUCUAGAUCCACCGAUACCUUCAAAUUAUUUUGGAAAUACUAUUCUGCCUUGCUGGGCUACACUGAAAACCAGCCAAUUGGUGGGAGAAAAAGGAUUUGCGGAUGCAGUUGAAGAAAUAAGAAAUGCUCUUUAUGAAAGAAUAAAGGGACCUUUGAAAGGGUUGGAGAUGUAUUUUGAUCGUAAUGAAGCGACGAAAGGGCAGACAAAGUUCGGGGUUGCUGGAUCACCAAAGCUGGACUAUUAUGGUGCAGAUUUUGGAUGGGGAAAGCCUAAAAAGUAUGAGAUUGUUUCUGAGAAAUUUGGACUCAUUGGAUCCAAGGAUUUUGAGGGAGGUCUGGAACUUGGAUUUUGCUUUUCGAAAAUUGAGAUGGAUACUUUCACUGCAAACUUUACCCAGGGAUUAAGUGACUGAUUUAGUCUACUCCAGCUCGUAAAAUCUUAGCAUUUAUCAUUCAAAUAAAGUUCCAUAAGUCCGUUCAUCUCGUUUGCUUUCUGGAAUUUUCCGGUGUUUUCCGAUAUUUUUCAUCUUCUCAAUCCUGUUAUGAAUAUUGUUUUAUUUAAACUGAA